AUGGAAAAGAUCCGACUCUGUAAGCAUCCGAAUGUUCUUCCGUUGAACUGCUGUUUUUGUGUGAGGAACUUUAUGUGGAUCGUCACGCCGUUCAUGAAAAAGGGAUCGCUUUAUCGGAUCCUGAAUAUCGUGCGUGAUUCGAAGCAAAAUCCCGCAGUACAGGGACUCAGCGAGAAUAUCAUCUGCUAUGUGAUUCACGAGGUUUUGAAAGGUCUAAUUUACAUCCAUUCUUCCAGCUACCUCCACUUAGACAUCAAAGCAGCCAAUAUCCUCGUCGAUUCCAACGGAUCCAUCUGUCUCUCCGACUUCGGCGUCAUUCCCUCCACCAACUCCUCCAAACGUCACUCCGCUCACGGAUUCGUCGGAACGCCCUGCUGGAUGGCUCCCGAAGUGGUCAGCGACAGUCUCAUCUCUUCAUCCGCGGACUUGUGGUCGCUUGGAAUCACCGCGCUGGAGCUCUACAAAGGCUUCCCGCCGCUCGCUCGGUUCGACACGCGCGAGAUUUUCGCUCGGAUUUUGCAGGGCGAGGCGCCGUCGUUCGACUCGUAUUACGACGUGUACAAGUCCACUCCCUCCUCGGCGUUCCAGUCGUUCAUCGAGAAGGUGCUGGUGAAGCAGCCGGAGGAGCGAGCGACCGCCGAAGAUCUUGAAGAUCAUCGAUGGUUCCAGGGGGCCGAGGAAGGACGAGCGGAGCUGCUGAAGCUGCUGGAGACGAUUCCCGAUAUUGAGGAAGACCGGGUUUUUGAUCUGCGUUUGGAUUUGUAG